AUUGAUCUUGAAAAGUCACAGACUAAACGAUUAAAAGAGGAAGGAUCGCUCAGAGAUCUCGUCAAAGAACUGGAGAUCGUUGGUGAGGAGAUCAAGCUGAUCAAGGUUGAGCAGAAGAAGCUGAAGAGGAACAUCAAGGACCUCAUGGAGAAGGCGGAGAAGAAGGAAGAUGUUUUCUACGUCAAUCAAUUUGAAUUAGUAAAAUUGCGAAGUAAGAACGAGCGGUUGAAGGGGAAGAUGUCGGAUGAGGAGAGGAAGGUGUUGAAGGACGAGCUCCAGAUGCUCAACGGCAAGCUGGAGAACCUUGUCAAAGCAAAGAAGAAUUUAGACUCAUUAAUCUACAAACUAGAUGUUGGAUUAGGCUGGAAAACUAAAGAACUGGAGAGAAUCAAGGAAUCUGGAAUCAAGAAAAAUGAGGAUAUUGGGAGAACUGAAUUAGAAAUGGAGACUUCCAACCGUCUUGUUGCUGGCUUGAAAAAUGAUAUUGCCGAGAUCCUAGUGGAAGAAAAAUUACUCACUGUCACUCAAAUAAAGAUUGACGAAGAAGUGAGAGGUUUGAAGGAAGAGAUUUUAAGAGGUAAAAAAGAACUCUUGGAUGAGGAAGAGAGGGGUAAAGAGGCGAUAUUAACUCUGCAAUCUGCCAGGGAUAUGUAUCUGAGCCAAAUCAGAUAUUUGAAGCAGGAGAUAGAUGAGGUCAAAUAUCAAAUCAGAAUUCGAGAAAAUAGAAAAGAAAAACUUAAAGGAAAAUAUGAUGCAGUGCUGAAAAGUCUAGGACAUGGUGCAGAAGAAGAAGGAAAUAUUGCCGGGCAUGCUCAUUUUCUUGUUAAACUUGCUCAAGAAAAAGCAGAAUUAAAGGAUAAGUCCUUGGUUCUACAAAGAAAGAUAAUGAAAGAAGAAAAAGAAUACGAAGAACUAGAGACAGCCUUGAGCCUCAUGAAAUCUUCUAACGGAGAAUACAGGCUUGAUAAUACAAGAAGCAAAGGGUUGGAUGAUGAGAGGGUAGUUGGUCUCCAAGCUGAUCUAGACAAACGAAAACAUUUUCUAAAACAUCUCAAAGAUAAGUUCAAAAAAGGGCUUGAAGAAAAUGAGAUCCUGGAGACACAAAUAGACGAGAAUACAAGAGAAUUAAAUGCUCUAAAGCUGGACUUAACUGAAGGUGAAGAAUGUUUACAGAGUCUGCAGAGGAUAUUGGAGGAUGUUGACCGGAAGCUAGAGAGAGCAGGAGCAAGUGCUAAUAGAUUUAAGGCUGAUGCAAAGAAAGAGCUUGGAACCAAGAUGGGACAAUAUGAGAAAGAUUGA